AUGGCCACCGACGCCACGCUCCCCUUUGUCAUCGUCGACGCGUUCACCUCCGUCCGGUUCGGCGGUAACCCCGCCGCGGUGGUGGUGCUCCCGCGGGAGGAGCCCGGCAAGCGGCGGCACGCGCCCCCGCCCGACGGGAUCAAAUGGGAGUACGGCGUGAUGCCGGCUUCGCACGAGCUGAGCGGCCGAGACGGCUGGCCCCCCGACCUGUUCCUCCAGGACGUCGCUCGCGAGAUGAACCUCUCGGAGACGGCGUUCGUGCGCGAGAAGCUGGACCGCCGCCGGACGGUGGGCAGGGGCGACGACGAGGAGCUCUUCGCGGACUACGACCUCCGAUGGUUCACCCCGAGCGGCGCCGAGGUUGACCUGUGCGGGCACGCCACGCUCGCGUCGGCGCACGCGCUGUGGGACACCGCGCGCGUCGCGCCGUUCGCGGUCAUCCGCUUCCACACCAGGUCCGGCAUCCUCCCCGUGGUUCCGCUGGGCGAGGGCGCCGCCGAGCUCAACUUUCCGAGCGCCGCACCGAACAUGCUCCUCCUGGGCGCACCGCCCGAAGCCGUCCGAGCACCGCCCAGGGCGCCUCUGGAGUCCAAAUCGAAAUCUGACGGCGACGACGAUGGUGACGGGUCCGCCGCCGCCGCCGCAUCCGACGACGACGACGCGACCGACAACCCCGCGGGUGUCACCCCAGAGACUGUCGCCGCCGCGCUCGGCCUCUCCAACCUCCGCGCCGACGUGGACGGAGAACCGACGGGCGACGUCGUGUACCCGAUCGUCGCGGGACGAAACUCGAUCGGCGACACGUUCGCGAUCUACCCCGACCCCGCGCACGUUCUCGCCGCGCGCCCGCACCCCAAGCGCAUCGCCGCGCUCGGCGGCAGGGGUCUCGUGGUCACCGCGCCGGGCGGCGUCGCGACGAGACAGGGCGGCGCCCGCGUGGAUUUCACGUGCAGGUUCUUCGCGCCCAACAUCGGCAUUCACGAAGAUCCCGUCACCGGAUCCGCGUUUUGCGGUCUCGGUCCGUACUGGACGGAUGCGCUGGGGAUCGAGCGCGGGAAAGAGGCGGUGGGGUACCAGGCGAGCGCGAGGGGCGGGGUGGUUCGCGUGGCGGUGGGCACCGGGGUUAAGGGGGUUAAAGGGGGAGGGCGGGUGGAGGAGAGGGUGAGCAUCCGCGGGUCAUGCGUGACGAGCGCUCGAGGGGAGUUGAUGGAUUCGGCGGCGUGA